CCGAGCGUCCGCCGCCCGCAGCCCGAGCCGCACCCGCCGCGGACGGAGCCCAUGCGCCGGGCGAGCGGCACCCCCCGGCCCCGGCCCGCGCCCCCGCCCCUGCCCUGGCCUCAGGGGCAGUCGCGCCCGUGAGCGGUGGGACAGGAGACCACUGAAGUGCCUCCUGCCGCAGCCCCUUGAGGAGCGAUGACGGAAUAUAAGCUCGUGGUGGUGGGUGCUGGAGGCGUGGGGAAGAGUGCCUUGACCAUCCAGCUCAUCCAGAACCACUUUGUGGAUGAGUAUGACCCCACCAUUGAGGACUCAUACCGGAAGCAAGUGGUCAUUGAUGGGGAGACGUGCCUGCUGGACAUACUGGACACAGCAGGCCAGGAGGAGUACAGUGCUAUGCGGGACCAGUACAUGCGCACUGGGGAGGGCUUCCUUUGUGUAUUUGCCAUCAACAACACCAAGUCCUUCGAGGACAUCCACCAGUACAGGGAGCAGAUCAAGCGGGUGAAGGACUCAGAUGACGUGCCCAUGGUGCUGGUAGGGAACAAGUGUGACCUGGCGGCACGCACUGUGGAGUCUCGGCAGGCGCAGGACCUUGCCCGCAGCUAUGGCAUCCCAUACAUCGAGACGUCGGCCAAGACGCGCCAGGGCGUGGAGGAUGCCUUUUACACCCUGGUGCGAGAGAUCCGGCAGCACAAGGUGCGCAAGCUGAGCCCCCCCGACGAGGGCGGCCCGGGCUGCAUGAGCUGCAAGUGCCUGCUCUCCUGACGGCGAUGCCGCUGCGUCCACUUGGACGUCCCUGCUGGUCCUUUGUGCCCACCCGGCACAGAUGCAGGGCCCAGAGGUGCCGGAUGUGGGGAGGAGGUGCAGAUGGAGGAAGGAGGGGGGAAGGAAGGAAGGAAGGAAGUGCUGCUGGAGCCCGGCCAGCCCAGGGUCGGUGGACAGAGUGACCGCAGACCUCCCAGGACGUUUUGCACAGACUGUCUUGAACUGACUCCCCUGCACCCCUGCUGUGCUCUCCUCCCGCCCCGUCCUGGCCCGGUGGGCACAGGUCGUUGCAGUAAAUUAUUUGAUGGUCUUGA